AGACCAGGCCAGGGUCGCGGUGCCAUGGUUCCAGUGUUCGUCCAGAGUGCCGCAGGUGAUGCUGACGUCCUCAAAUUGGAGGUAGCAGGCACGAGCAAUGUGCUGGACCUCAAGCGUCACAUCGCGAAGAGCCGCUGGGAGGUCCCUCGUAUUUUUCAGACGCUGAGCCUGCUGAGCAAUGUUGUGGAAGAUUCUGACACCAUUGCGGGCCUCUGCAACGUGUACGGUGCUCAGUCAUCACUGUCCCUGACGAUGAUUGUAUCGAUGGGUUCUGUAUGCGGGCAGCUGAGGAGCAGCGACCAGUCGCGGAAGCUGGACGCCCUGGCGCGGCUCGCCAAGCUGGGGGUGCACGGCGGCGCGGCCGCGGCCGCCGCGGUGAGCGGCUGCAUCGCGGACCCCGACGCGACGGUCAGGCAGGUAGCUGUCAAGGC